CAUUGCAUUUGUGGUCGAUAAAUACAUGGAGUAACGUGAUAUUUUUCUCAUAAAAUUUACUCUUUACAAGUGCUUCAAAAAAAAAGGGAGUUACUGUAUAAGUGAUUGAUACAACAAUUUCUCCUCUUGAAAAUGAUAUUGUGGUGGCAUUUUUAAUAUUCAAAGAAAUAAAAUCAUCGACAAAAUAACAUAAUGCCGCUGGCUACUUUGACACUUCCCUGGAGUCAAAAUCAUACAAUCACGAAUCAUAACAAGCAAGAACACGUGAUGUUACCAUCUGAAGGCGAAGAUGCGGAAAUGGUAUCGGAAAAUCAUGAAGAAGUUAUAUGUAAACAAAAUUCAUUGGAGAUACAAUCAAACGGAUGUUCUGAAUCACACGAAAUUGAAGUGCGUGAAUUAGUUCGUGAUGGUCAUGAAAAAGCAGAACCAGGACAUUUCGAAUUGCUUAAAGUCCUCGGUCAAGGAUCUUUUGGCAAGGUGUUUCUCGUGAGAAAAAUUUUUGGCAAAGAUGUUGGAACUCUUUAUGCAAUGAAAGUUUUGAGAAAAGCAACUCUUAAAGUUCGCGAUCGAGUUAGAACAAAAAUGGAACGCAAUAUUCUCGUUGAUGUGGAACAUCCAUUUAUCGUUCGUUUACAUUAUGCAUUUCAAACUGAAGGAAAACUCUAUUUGAUUCUUGAUUUUUUACGCGGAGGGGAUCUUUUUUCACGUUUAUCUAAACAGUUAAUGUUCACCGAGGAAGAUGUAAAGUUUUAUUUAGCUGAAUUAGCAUUAGCAUUGGAUCACAUUCAUAAAUUGGGUAUUAUUUAUCGUGAUUUAAAACCGGAAAACAUUUUAUUAGAUACGGAAGGUCAUAUAUCUUUAACUGAUUUUGGACUGAGUAAACAACCAUUAGAUGAUACAAAAACCUAUUCAUUUUGUGGAACUGUUGAAUAUAUGGCACCUGAAAUUGUUAAUCGUAAAGGACACUCGUUUGCCGCUGAUUGGUGGAGUUAUGGCGUUUUAAUGUUUGAAAUGUUAACGGGCUCACUUCCAUUUCAAGGAGACAGUCGAAAAAAAACUAUGACUCACAUUUUGAAAGCAAAAAUAGGAAUGCCGAAUAAUCUUUCACCGGAGGCGCAAGCUCUUUUGAGAGUUUUAUUUAAGAGGAAUCCUGUCAAUCGUCUUGGCUACGGAGGAGGUGAGGAGAUAAAAAAUCAUGUUUUCUUUGCCACAAUUGAUUGGGAGGCAUUGUACAAGAAACAAAUAAAACCACCAUUUAAACCAGCGGCAAGUCGCGAGGAUCAUGCAUUUUAUUUCGAUAAUGAAUUCACUUGUAAAACACCAAAAGAUUUGAUUACAGAUUCGCCGGGUGUACCAGUAAGUGCAAAUGCUCAUGAAUUAUUUCGUGGCUUUAGUUUUGUUGCACCAUGUCUUCUUGAGGAUAAUGCAAUAAAUCCGGUUACAAUAAAUAAUGAGUGUAUUACAAGUACAUUUCCAACUUAUGUGAAUCACAAUCAAGUUCUUGAUGAAUAUGAUUUUUUACAAGAAAUUGGCAAAGGUAGUUUCAGCACUGUUUAUCAUGCAGUUCAUAAAACAACAAAAUUUGAAUAUGCAAUAAAAGUUAUUGAUAAAAGCCAACGGAAUCCAACUGAGGAAAUUGAAAUUUUGUUACGAUACGGUGGACAUCCACAUAUUGUUUCACUUCGUGCACUUCAUGAGGAUGAAAAGCGUGUUUAUCUUGUUUUGGAACUUUUGCGAGGUGGCGAACUUCUCGAUCGUUUAUUGCAAAGGAGCAAUUUCACCGAAAGAGAAGCCGCUGAAGUUCUCUAUGUCAUCACAAAUAUCGUGAAAUAUCUUCAUGAAAAUGGGGUUGUUCAUCGUGAUUUGAAACCAUCAAACAUUUUGUACGCGAAACCAGGAGGUGAUCCAUCGACAUUGUGCAUUUGUGAUCUUGGAUUUGCAAAGCAGCUUCGUGCUGAAAAUGGCCUACUAAUGACACCAUGUUAUACAGCAAAUUUUGUUGCACCGGAAGUACUCAAACGACAAGGAUACGAUGCAGCCUGUGAUAUUUGGUCACUUGGUGUUUUAUUGUAUAUCAUGUUAAGUGGUUACACACCAUUUCCAAAUAGUCCUGGUGAUAGUGCAAAUGAUAUUUUGGAUCGUAUUGGCGCUGGUUAUUUGGACGUUGAAUCAGGCGUUUGGACACAAAUUACAAGAGAGGCCAAGGAGCUAGUUAAAAGAAUGCUUCAUGUUGAUCCAACAAGAAGACCAACUGCUGCUUGUAUAUUAAAAUAUCCCUGGAUCGCUAAUCGACAACAUCUUCCACCAAAAGCCUUGCCAAUUAUCACCAAAGAUCGCGAUUCAUUGAAGAGCGAGGUUGCAGCAACAUACAGAGCAAUGUCAAGCAGUCCAAGAAAACCUCAUAUUGGUCCAGUGGCUCUCUCGGAACUUGCGAGACGUCGAACACAAGCCAAACCUUCCACAGCUGUUAAGGUUUAAAUUUUUCCCCUUUUUUUUCUCUCUCAUGUGCCAGAAUCCAAUCAAAUGAGAAUAAUGCAAAAAAAAACUGCAUAAAACUAAUUUUUAACUGAGAAUUCCAUUAGAAAAUAGUUCAAUUUACAAAAGAAAAAACAAUAAGAACACAGUCACUUUUAGUAAAAUCAAUUAUUGUUUUGAUUGAUUUUUGAGUAAAAAAAAUGACUGACUUGAAAGAAUGAAUGAAAAACAAGAAAAGUGCAGUCAUUGCCAUUGUUACAAUUAUUAUACACAUCAUAAUGUACAAAGGAAGGUUUCACCAGAUGGUGAGGACAAUGUGAUAUUUACUUUUAUUUUCCAUUUGUGCUUUAUCAAUGCAUACGCUAAAGUAGAACGCACAUGCAAUGCCUAAGAAAAAAAAAAACACUUUGGAAGUAAUGAGCAUUUAAAAACCGCGUUUGUCAAAACAUGACGCGAAUCAUAAAUCUUAAUAAUUGUAAGAUAAAAAUGAACGCAAGUCAAUGUCUAGAGUAUUAUCCACUUUUUUUUUUUUUUAUUGUGUCAAAUCAGUAAUUUCAAAUUUGAUUUUUCAUAUUAAUCAAGCGAUAAUACUUCCUGACGGAAUUGCAAUUUUUUAACCAUCACAACAAUUAUUGUUAUUUUCUUUUAAUUUUUAUUAUUUUUAGUUUUUAAUUCGAAAAUUAGAAAAAUUCAUUUUUACCCCAACAAAAGUUAAUGCUGGAAAUUUGGAAAAGAUUGAAAAUUUAAUGACAAUUUAAAAAAAAAAAAACUUUUAACAAAUAAAAAUUAAUUAACAUUAAAUUUUAAAAAUCUUUCCAAAUUUUAGAAUAAACUUUUGACAGUCGCCAGUGAAUGACAAUUUUUUUUAAAUUAUCGAUUUUUAUUUGUCAAGAUUUUAUAUUAAGAUUUUGAGUAAUAGAAAUCAAAAUUUUAUUUAAAAUUAACGAUCAACAUUUUUAAUUAAGUUUUUGGUAGUUAAUUUUUAAAAAUUGAAUUUUCAAAAAUAUCAAUUUAAAUUAUUAUUUAUAAAAAUUGUAGCUGCAGAUAUGCACAAGGAAAUUGAAAAUUGCACACGAGUUGGAAAAUAAUGCACAAACUUGAAAAUCGUACACAAAUUGAAAAUUAAUAAAAAAAAAAAAAUUGUGUACAAAUUCGAAAUAACAAAAAUAGUUUUGAUUUUCUAGUUAAAAAUAAACUUUUUGCACUAUUCAAACGCUUCAUGAAAUUCUCGAGAGAAAUUUGCAGUUGUCUCGUUAAUUGUUGUUAAUUGCAUUUAAUGCUUGAAAAAUCGUCUUCAACAUUUUCAUAACUUCAUCAAAGUGUCAAAUCGAUAUACAAGUUGUUGUUUAUAAUCGUUGUUAAAUUGAUAAAAAAAAAAAAAAAAACUUGAAUAGUACAAUCAUGCAAAGUAAUUUACAAAUAUGAACUUUUCAAGUCCCAAAAAAAAAAUAUAUAUAUAUUAAUCGUAAGCGUGAAUUAAGUGGAGUGAAUAAUUGUUGUUUCCGGGGCGAUUGUAAUAUCAUUAAAUUAUUAUGUCUAAAAACUGUUAUCUUAAACAGAAACAGUAGAAUUUUAUAUUUAUAUUACAUUUAAUGUCUAAAAAAAAAAUGUUCAAAUUAUGACUAUGUAUGUGUCUCUCUUGCACCGAGUUAACAAUGUAAAAAAAAAAAAUUUAAUUUCUUUGAAACAUUUAGAAAAAAAAAAGAUAUUGAAAAAGAAUAAUGUUUCGUACUGGAUAAUAAAAUGCCUUCUUAAUGCAACAAAGGACUUUCGUCUCAGGAAAGUGUAGAGCAUUAUGAGACAAAACUAUACUAUGAUCAUUGUUUGUUAAUUUUUAUGUGAAAAUCUUUAAAACGAUAUACAGAUUAUUUGGAAAACCACGAUAAUAUAUUUAUAAAAGUAGAUUUAUUUUUUACAGAAAACUGUUUUGGCUCCCUAUUCUAUAAAAUACAAUUUCAAAUUUUAAAAAAUGAAAAAUAUACACAUAUAAAAAUAUUAUAAA